AGUGGUCAUUGCUCUUUCCAACUGUACAUAUAGAGAGUUGCUCUCUCCCUGGUGACUACUUGUAACUACUCCAGGGAAACACAUUGGUCAGCUCUGCCUUGAUUGUACUGGACUGUGAGGGUGGCAAAACUCUAUCAAGGAGGUCUGAGCUGCUACGGACGCUGAGGGGCAAGAACCCACCGAGGAGAAAGAGCAAUUCUGGCUCUUUCAGCUACAGCUGCUAUGUCUCACCUCCUCCUUUCAGUUUUUGGCCUUUUCUUCCUCUCACUGACUUCCUUCUGUGCCUCUGAAGAUGACCCUUCAGUGGUGACCAGCAGUGGCCCCAUUAAAGGCAAGAGAAUCCUGGCUGGUUCUGGCUCUGUGACUGCCUAUUUGGGUAUCCCCUAUGCUAAGCCCCCUCUAGGAAAACUGCGUUUCCAGAAGCCUCUUCCUCAUCCUCCCUGGAGCCAUGUGUUGGAGACCACCAGAUUUGGCAACUCUUGUCCCCAGACAAAUGCUUCUGGCCUCCUUGAUGUAGACAUAUGGACUGCCAACACACCACUUUCAGAGGACUGUCUCUUCCUCAAUGUCUGGGUACCCCAUCCAAAGCCCUCCACCCCAGCACCUCUCCUUGUAUGGAUCCAAGGUAUGGGUUAUAUCACUGGCACUGCUUCAUUGGAGAUCUAUGAUGGAGCAGUUUUAGCUGUCACAGAGAAUGUCAUUGUGGCCUCCAUGAAUUACCGCUUGGGGGCUUUGGGUUUUCUCUACAUGCCACCACAUGCCCCAGGAAACAUUGGCUUGUGGGACCAACAUCUAGCACUGAAGUGGUUGAAGGAGAAUGCAGCUGUCUUUGGUGGAAAUCCAACUCAAUUGACUCUUGUUGGCCAUAGCGCUGGAGCAGCCAUGGUGGGAUUCCAUCUUCUCUCACCAGUAAGCCAACCACUUUUCUCCCAUGCUGUGCUUCAGAGUGGAGUUCCCAAUGCCCUCUGGCCUUGGAAGAACCCCAAGGAAGCAAAACUAGAUGCAGAGACGGUGAGCAAACAAGUGGGGUGUACUCAAAAUGCUGACAUUCAUGUGGUGCAAUGUCUACAGAGAAUAGAAAUUUGGGACAAAAAGUUUUCUCAUCUGACUGCUAUCAAUUCCUUGACAAUAGAUGGAGAGUUCUUGCCAGAUGAGCCUGAAAAGCUUCUGGAGACAGCAGAUCUUCGGGACAAAUCAGUACUUACUGGCAUCCUAACGGAUGAAGGGUCUACUUUUGUAUUAUAUAUGUAUUCUAGUACCAAAACAAAUGGUGGGACAUUGACUUGGGAGCAGCUUCAUCAAGGGGUGAUGAGAACUAUGCCAAAAGGAACAGAUGAAGCUGCUGCUAAGACUGUAGCACUGAAGUUCAGUGAAAGCUUUCAUGGUCCAGAGCGGUAUCGUUUGGCUUUUGCUCAGUAUUUUAGAGAUUAUUUCUUUGUCUGUUCUUUGAAUGAAUUUGCUGCAAAAAUCAGAGAGGCUGGGAGGCCUGUGUAUGUUUACUCCUUUGAUCACCGCACAUCUGGAUCCAUAUGGCCUGAAUGGGUAGAGACACCUUAUGGAUCUGAAGUUCCUUACCUGUUUGGAAGCCUUACAACAGCUCUGCAAACAAGUCAGCCUGUCACAGAGACUGAGAAGGCACUGAGCCAUAGAGUGAUGCGAUAUUGGGCUGAAUUCGCCAGAAGUGGGAAUCCUACUGGAUCAACACCCAAUGAGGUGGAAUGGCCACUGUACAAUGCCAAAGAGAAGAAGUUAUUUCACAUCAGUACAGGGGCGCCCCAGCUCAAACCAAUGUCACCUACUCCACAUUGUGAUUUCCUGGCCAGUCUGAAGGUGAAUGAAACAUGUACAAGCCAGGACUGCAUGGAAGAUGUAGAUGAAUGCCAGCUGAUCCCAAAUGUCUGCCAAAAUGGAGGCACCUGCCACAACACUCCUGGGAGCUACAACUGUGACUGUGUCAAUGGCUGGACUGGCAAGGACUGCAGUGAGAAUAUUGAUGAUUGUCUUAGCGGAGCCUGCUUCACAGGGGCUACUUGCCAUGACCGCGUGACCUCCUUUUACUGUGAAUGCCCACCAGGCAGGACAGGUUUGCUGUGCCAUCUCAAUGAUGCUUGCAUUGGAAAUCCAUGCAAUGAAGGCUGCAAGUGUGACACCAACCUCAUCACUGGAAAAAUCAUUUGCACCUGCCCAUCUCAUGCUGAUGGAAGUAAGCCUUAAUAAGUACUCAUUGGGUUCACCAUAAGCCGAAGUCAACUCGAGUGCAGUUAACAACAACAGACCUCUUCCAUCCAACCAGCCAUAAAUGAUCCACCUUGCUGACAUGGGAGCCCCAAGCCUUUACUGCAGAAUAUAAAUAUUGAGCUAUAUACAACUGAAGAAGAGGAAAGGAGUUUCAAAUAAAUUAGGUGGGCACAUAUAAGUAAUUACAGAAUAUCUACAGCAUGAGUGCAGUACUAAAAUGUGGAAAUUACCUCCAGCCCAGUUUCCAACCACAAACAAGGUGACUUUUAUUUGAAAGAAGGAGAGGUCAGGGAAAAAUAAGGAAUCAUCAAAUGCAAGACAUCUUUCCCAAGACUACUGGAUAAUUUGUCAAUCUUUAGUUAGAUUCUAGCAAAAUUCUUUUAAUUUUACUAUGAUUAGCACAAUGGUGUUAUUGGCAGUGAAAGUGGAGUUAAGUCUGGUCAAAAAUCUUUGUUCAGGAAAAAAAGAAAUUUUUUUUUUUGGAUUCCUAGAUUCUCUUCAGUACUAGCAUUUUAACUUUUAUAUAUUUCUUUUGCCCAAUUAUUAGUAGUGUAAGUGUUCCAAGAGAGGUUCUUGAUUUAGUUAAAGGGGCAAACUAAUUAAAUAUAAGGAUUUUGAUGUACUCAGAGUAAAUGCUUCAUAUGUCCAAAGGAAUGAAAUGCUACAUCUCCCUUUUUUCCAUG